AUGAAGACGGAGAAGAAACAGGAAAACCGGUUGGUUGUAAUAAAAAUAUUGUUUCCUCUUUUUACAUUACAAUGUACAUGCGAUGCAAGUACAUACCUACCAUUACUUUACCACUCUCUCAAUACAAGUAAAGAGUACAACCGAUCUGAGUAUAUUGUCAACGUAUCUGCGGUCGCUGCCACCACCGUAACUCUACUACCUGCAUCCGAUUCUAUUCUCCUGGUAAUGCUGUCUAGGAGCAAGAGCUAG